AUGUGUCUGGAUGGUGUUUGGAAGUAUUUAAAAGGGAAAAAGCAAACUUACAAGGAAGUGACGGAGAGUCACCACCCCCUCAUCUCCUUGGAUGGUUCCAUAAACAGAAAUGAAAUCAGUGGAUUGUACACUUCAGUUUCUUCUCCGGAUUAUGUAACCAAAGAUAACGAUUUCUGUCGUGAAAUUACAGAAUCCGAGGAAGUAAAUCUCCGAGACAUUAAUACGCCCAUAGAACAUAUACAGACUGAAGAUCCAUCUACUCAUAUUAAGGAGGAAUCGGUCUCAUGGCAAGAUGGAAAUCUUGUUGAAGCUUUCAUUUGCACAACCGAGGGAGAUACACAAAUGAACUAUACAACAAAAUGUGAAUCCACAUCAAAUGAAAAACAAAUUCCUAUAAACACUGAUAUUUAUACAGGCACAGACCAUAGACAGACAGAAUAUCCACCUGACCUUGUUAAGGUAGAAUCAGCCUCAUGUGAAAUCGGCACUCUCUCCAGUAUCAAGGUUUAUACACCCAUGGGAGAUAAACAGAUGGACUAUACAUCAAAUAAUGAAUCCGUAUCAAACAAAGAAGAAAUUCCCGGAAACAUAGACAUUUAUGCACCUACAGAACAUACACAGACAGAAUAUUCAUCUACUCUUAUUAAGGAGGAAUCAAAAAUGCUUCACUGA